GGGAAAACUGGGGGUAGCAAAAGGGGACCUCAGGAAAACAGGGAAGGGGGAAACGAUAUGAGAACAAGUCCUCGGAACUCAGCAGGAGCCACCCCUAAAAAGACGAAAGUCUUGGAUACCAGUCAUAAACUGGCAGAGAUAGAGAAGCCGACUGCGGAAUUUAAGGCAAAACUUAUCGAGCAGAUGAUGGCCGGGGAUGAGGAAGACCUCCAGGACGCAGGGUCACGUGAGGGAUGCAGGGCCGGCCAGGACGAGGCUAGGUAUGAGGGGAAGGAUGAUAGUCACAAAGGAACGCCUGGCAAGAAGGGGAAGGACAAGAGCGACCUCCCGGCGGAAGGAACGGAAAACGCUAUGACCCCACCCGCCAUUGACAGCGGCACUAACAGACUACCCGCCACGCCGAAAGUAACAGGGGCGUGUGACGGACUCUGGAGCCUUAGGGAGAGAGUGCUAGGAUGGUUCGACCCAGAAGGAACACCGAAAACUAGGGAGAGGCAGAGGGAAAGCAAGGAAGGGGAAGGAGCCAGUGCAGUCGGGGAAGCGGGUGGCUCCGAAGACGGGCUCAAGAAAGUAGUCGCCACCCUCAACAGGACACUGAACAAGAACCAGGGGUAUCUCGCAGAUGCAAAAAAGAAACUCACGUUCGGUGGGGCCAACAUUACGGAGUUUCUAAUAGACUAUGAGAACCUAGCAGCCUUACUGAAAUGGACAGAGGAGGAAAAGAUGGAGCACCUAGGACAACACGUAUCGCUAAGUUUGGGAAGGGAUAUUAUGGCCAUCGUCGCCUCCAGUGGAUCCUGGAAAGAGACCAGGAAUGAGAUGAUGAGGAAAUACCUGAAGGCAGAAAAAAUGGCAACAGAGGCAGAAUUAGUCGCAGUCCAGAGGAAAAACUAUGCGACCUACAACGAUUUCCUGAGGGCGUUUACGCCAGUGGCUCUGCGAAUUCCCGGGGUAACAGACCGCAUAAUGAGCAAGUACUUUCUCAGGCAGUUCUCCGAGUUUCAUAAGGAUAAGAUUUUGUCGGCAUACCAGCAGACCAGUAAGUUCGAAUACACGAGAGAUGUGGACUUCAGCACCGUAACAGACCUUGCGGAAAAGACGGUGGUCACCGCGACGCUAGCCCUACUUAAGGAAGGGGAGGUCAUAGAUUCUACCGGGAAGACAGGGGAUAAGGUCAAGAAGGGGAUAGAGAACCUGCACGAACGGGUGCACGGGGUUGAUAGCAAAAUGGACAAAAUGGAAAAUGCACUGUUAGUAAUGCAGGCGCAAGUGUCCAGACCCGCUCUUCCGCCCCAAGAGGCCGUGGUUCCAGCAGCUGUAGCAAACUGGGGGUUUGGCAGGAGGGACCCCGCCAACGAACAAUGCAAGUAUUGCACCAUGAUCAGGCAUUUCAUAUGGGCCUGCCCGAGACUCAAUCACGAUAUCGAGCGGCAGAGGUGCAGUAGGUCCCUCAAAGGCGAGAUCCUCGGACCCAGGGGGGAGCGUGUUAACUGGAACUCGCCAGGAGGAAUGCGGCGAGCCUUCAUUCUCCUGAAUAACCUAGAAAUAGCUGCCAUAGAAGCAGAGCCGAUAGCCGACAUUGCCAGCCCGAGGCUGCUUAAAGGACUCAGGCAGGUGCUAACGCGUAAGCGCGUAGAGGUAGAGGAGGCCCCGGAACUGCAAGAACAAGGGACGAAAGAGGCCGAGGCGCCGCAAGGACUCUCUAACCUCCAAAGCAUCACAGGGGGCCUGGAAGACUUGGAAAAAGCCUUUGAUGAUAUUCGCCUGAGCCUGCCGGACCGAGAAGGUGGUGAAGUCAUGAGAGCACCGCCCGGAACUAAACUUAGCUUUCACGCACUGCCCGUAGGAAAGCUUAAAGUCCAGAUCGGAACUCACCACACCGAUGCAUUAGUGGAUGGCGGCGCGGAAAUUACCCUCAUACGACGGGAUUUCGCAACAAUCACCGGGUGCACAGUAAACAAGGAAGUAGCCGGGAGUAUUAGGGGAGCAGGUGGUGAAAUCCCCUUCACUGGGUAUGUCACCAAAUGCGCGGUCAGGGCGGGAGUUCGAGAAUCCAUCUGGUCUUUCCAACGGAUGACCGUCAUGGAAGAAAUGGACCAUGACAUAAUCCUUGGGAGACCAUGGUGUGCCAAUGUAGAAAUGAUUGACAUGCAAUUGCAUGACGGCACGUACAUGGUAGACAUAGAAGAUCCGGUGACUGGUCGCGGGGAACUCCUCCGACUCCUCGGAACUGGAGAGGAUCCUCUGAAGGGCAAAUUGGCAACCUGGUCGCCAACAUUCGAAGAAAGUGCACGGAAAGGGGCAUUCGCACGAAUGGAAGGUAUUAGGGAAAGGGUGGAAAUUCUGAUUAAGGAGGCUUUCAGUAAAAAGGAAUGGAUCAAAAUGGGCUUGCCCGUAAAGAAGAGGAGGCCAGAAGGCGAGUCCCUGGAAGUUAUGGUGGCGGAAAUAGAGUCGGAAGUCGAACUUGGGGCCAGCCUGCCUAAACCAAAGGAAGGCCGGAACGAAACGUCGGAGGUAGUACUUGAGAUCCCAGAUUUAUUAGAACUCGCUAAGGCCAUCAGGUACCACAAAGUGGGGGUCGACCUCACAGCGCUUGCCAGAUUUGAGGAAGGGGUUCGAAAGGGCUACUGUCUGAAUGGGAAGCUAGUCAGCAUCCAGCCCCGCGUUGUGGAAGUAGCAAGGCCGAUCCCGACCAUGCAAGUGACCCCUAUGGGCUUCACAAAUGCGGUAGCAGAAGCUCAGAGGAGGAUGCUCGCCGUCUCAGGGGAUAUGUUUCCGGAGAAGUGUGAACCUUCCAUAGAUGAUAACCCCGUGAAAGGUGCAAGAGACAAGGAUGAGACGGAAGUCACAUUAGCAGCACCCUGUUUCAAUGACGAGGUUGGACGGCGCUUCAUCUUAGAAACAGACGGGGGACCAUUGGCAGUGGGAGUAUUAUUGAUACAGAAAAGCGAGGAGGGCAAAGAAAGGCCAAUCAGAUUCGAAAGUAGGACCCUGAAUACAGCAAAGCGACGGUAUUCGCAGUUCAAGAAGGAGGUCCUAGCAAUUUUGCAUUGUCUUAAGACCUUCCAGGCCUACCUGUUCGGAAGGCGAUUUAUCCUAAGGAUUGAUCCCACCAACGUUGUCGGGGCCCUAAAGAACGACAAGCCCAUAGACCCAACCGUUGGCAGGUGGAUAGGCUUCAUAUGGCAAUUCGACUAUAAUGUCGAGCGGAUUGCGGGGCUUCGAAAUAGGGCAGAUGGGCUGAGCAGGGUAUGCAUCACGGCCGAAGGAGUAGAGGACGAGGAACCAAUCGACGCCUUCCUGGAGUAUGAAGGAGGGACCCUUGUGGUGGAUAAUGAGAUGGCAGAUCCAACAAUUACAACAGGUCAGGUGUUGAUUCAGACCUUGGAAAAAGGCGCGCCUCCAGUAGUUGUAGAACUCAGGGAAGGACCAGUCACCUCGGUCAGACGCAAAGAGGAAAAGGACUCGUGGGGAGCAGAAGUAGGGGCCAGAGAGGAACUGAUGGCAAUGGCCGUGGAAGGGGGACGGGAUGCUGUGAUGACGUUGGCCGAAGUCUGGGCACGGAAGGAGUGUCAGUACUUAGUCAACCUCACUCGGUGGGAGCAGGAUGCGGAUCAGAACGAACAGGAAUUCUUCCUCAUACAAAUGUAUGAGGGCGUUUUCAAAGAAAUCGGUUUGCUGCUUGUAGGGAACAAACAACCCACGAAAGUCAGUCUCAAUGCAAGGGAGGAAGUAGAAAAGUACGUCCUAAGAAAUGACCACCUUUUCAAGAGAGAGGAAGGGAUGAUGCCUAGACGCGUCGUUUGUGGAAGGUCUAGGCAGCUGGACAUAAUUCAAGCAAUGCACGACGGACUAGCUGGGGGUCACCGGUCGUCAAAAGGGACACUUGCAAAGAUUGUGCCCCUGUAUUUCUGGCCAGGAAUGGCAGGAAUGGUCGCAACGUACUGUCAGACGUGUCUGAUAUGUCAAGAGAGGAGCUCCGUACGGGUUUACGAGCCCCUUAGACCCACCCGGGUACUGGGACCCGGACACCUUGUCCACCUCGACCUCGCCGUUAUGCCCGUAUCGACGGAUGGGUUUAGAUACAUCUUGGAUGCAAGGGAUAAUCUCAGUGGCUAUGUAAAAGCCGUAGCCCUCAAGAAGAAGACAGGGAAAGCAGUGGCCGACUGGGUGGAAGACUUCUACCUAAGGCACCCCUUCGUGCGCAGGUUUAUAGCAGACAAUGGGACAGAAUUCGUUAAUCAGGAGGUGUUGAACAGGCUUAAGACACUUUGACCAGGCAAGGAAGGAGUCGUAAACAGCAGAAUGGAGUUUGGAAAUGAAAACGACAGCAACGCUAUCAACAGGCCUACGGAGGGACAACCAUCUAGGCAGGUCGGGGAAUCAAGCUCCAGGAAGAGGAAGUUGUACGUGGGGUUUGAUCACAAUCUAGUGGUAAACAGAGGACGGAAAAAGCAGGGGACCAGAGGGCCGUCACCAGUAAAGGAAGGGGAGCCAAUAGAGCUGCCUUCAGACAGUGAUCCUAGCAGUGACGAAGAGAGGAACCCGGGGAAAAGACCAAGGUUGGACGAGGACGUGCCCGUGGGAUUUAUCGACCUCACCAGCGACGAGGAGGAAGAUGAGAUAACAACGCCCACAAGAGAGGAACGGGGAAGAGGGGAGCAGCCGACUGAGAAAAAGGACAAAUGGAUAGAAGAGUUUGGAUAUGAGUUCAGUGAUUGGUUCAAUCAAUGGGGCACUAUCUUGCGAUACCGGUGGAUCAUGAAGGCAAGGGAGAAGUUGGGCAGGGGAGAGCGUUUAGCCCCAACAACCUUCUUCACAAAACAGACACUCCUUCAGUUCCAAGGAAUAAAGAGGCAAAUGGAGCAGGAAGGGGAGAAUCGCGCAAGGAGGGAGGCUCAAUGCAGGCCACCUGGACAUUAGGGGAACAACAGGCGCAAUGGGGGGGGGCUGCCACUCUGAACUUCGCAUUUGAACUCCUCUAUGAAUGGACCUUCUAAAGCCCGAAAUGA